AAGAAGAUUCGGCUGUGACAGCUCGCAGUGCACAGCCGAAGCGACAUCAUUUAUUAUUAAUACCCUUUUUUUCUCCCCCAACUGAUCUUUUUCAGCGUGAAAGCUCUAACGGAUCGGUUAAAGGAAGUGAUAAGAGUUUCCUGUUGGAACCUGAGCGUUUCCGUAAACAAAUCUACUGAACUCGCCACAUGUGCCUUCGAGCUCCUUAUUCAACUGCUCUUACUGCACAGAAGAUCACACUUAUCUCACAAUCCUGUGACAGCCAGCAUGCCUGUAAGACUACGGAUCUUCUCUCUCAACUGCUGGGGAAUCCGCUACCUUAGUAAGCACUGUGCUCAGCGAUAUGCCAUGAUUGGAGAUCUGUUAAGCAAGGAGCAGCAUGAUGUAGUACUACUGCAGGAGGUUUGGAGUGAAAAAGACUUCCACUUCUUGAAAAUAAAGCUUGGAAGCACACAUCCUCAUUCCCAUUAUUUUAAAAGUGGAUUUUUUGGGAGUGGACUGGCAGUUUUUUCCAGGCACAGAAUCCAUGAUGUCUUUCUCUACAAAUACUCCUUAAAUGGUUAUCCGUACAUGGCCCAUCAUGGAGACUGGUUCGGAGGUAAAGCUGUUGGGAAAUUGCUGCUGAAUAUCAGUGGGUUGAGUGUGCAUGUCUACGUCACUCAUCUGCAUGCUGAGUAUUCCAGAGAGCAAGAUUCCUAUCUCCCUCACAGAGUGGUGCAAGCCUGGGAACUCCAAAAUUUUAUACGGCACACAUGUGCUGGGGCAGAUGUGGUGAUCUUAGGAGGGGAUUUGAACAUGCACCCUGAAGACCUUGGUGUAAGAUUGCUGUGCAGCUUCAGUGGACUCCGGGACUGCUUCACUGAGACCGCCAGCUUUGAUGGAUGUGAACAAGGAUUCACCCAUAUAACAGAGAACCCCUUCACAAAUACUCAUGAACUUAUUCCGUUUGGAGGAGGAAUCCGUAUCGACUAUAUCUUAUUCAAGGGAUCAGGGAGAGUGGAUGUGAGCUGUGAAUCUCUGUCCACGACCAAGGGCUCUGUUCCUGGAUAUGACUUCCCUUACUCAGACCAUGAAGCUCUCAGUACGGAGCUGCUGCUUUGUCCUUUGAAAAAUGAGAAAGGAGAAAAUGAUAGCUCUGCAGUUAGUCUUUCUGAGCUGAUAAACAUUGUGACCGAGGCUCGUACAGAAGUGAAGGUGGGCCUGCAUUGUGCUGAACGCAUGCGCUACACGGCUGCACGCACUGGGUUUAUGGGCCUGGUCUUGUUGCUGCUGGAGAUCGCCAUAGCUGCUGUGCCUGUAUUCUCCCUGGGAGCUGAACAGCCUUUCCCCAAAGCUUCCUUCUACCUACUGGGGGCGCUGUGCUUUGCCAUCCUUCUCUCUGCUGCCUUCCUGUACAUCUUUUACAGUAUGGAGAUAAAGUCCUUACAAGGAACAGAGGACCAGAUGAGGAUUGCAGUGGGCAGUCUGCAAGAACGUCUGAAGGAGGUACCUAGGGAUAAAGACUAGGACCAUUCUCAAAGGGAACCUGAUGCUGUAGAGCCAGACGACUGAACAACCAAGAUUCAAGGCUGUGAACACCGCUGCUGCUGAACAACUCAAGUAUAGUUUGUAAGAUAUGUCCUUGCUUGUUGUAAGUUGACAUGCCUGCUUAGACUUCAGGCAAGACUCAGCCGAACCACUCUCCAGAACUUUCUGGUUGAAUCUGUCUUGUUUUAGAUGGUUCCAAAUCUGCCUGAUGGACCUGAUUAUCUCUGUCCCCAUUCACAUCUUGUAUUAACAUGCGUCCUGGAUGAUCAGAUCACAGGUGGACAGCGCAGAGUUACAGGUGUGAAUUCGACCACAUUCUGGUCGCACUCUUUUCCACUAGGUUAAUGGGUAAAGGCAACGCUGUAACAGCAGAGACCCAAACAGCUGCUUCUUAUAACUUCACUUCUUACAUAAUCCCAUCUCUUUUUCAUUUAUAAAUUUCGUUAGCAGGCCACCAAACCUUUGAAACAAUCUGUAAAGGCGCAUUAUAUAUUAUUUGUGGGAAAUUUCUGCCAAAACAAUAAACACAGUGUGUAUGAUAUGUGCAUGACGGCCUUUCUCCAGCGGAAAUGAUGUAUGAAAUCAUAAGCGAUCAUGGAAGACACAUUCACAAUCCACAUACGAGUAAGCAGCUAUACGUCUCGGCUGUCCACUUGUGAUCAGAUCACCCAGAACACGGGUUAAUGCCAGGUGUGAAUGGGGCCCAUCUCUCACUAACUGUCUUACUCACUUUAGUAGGCUGAAGUUUCUCCACAAGAGGGAGCUAUUAGUACUACAAACAAACAAAAAAAGCAUGUGAGUGGCAAUUCUCACCAAUAAUGCAACGUGUCCUUGUUCUGAAUGAUGCGAUUGCAGCCCAGCAUAUAAAUUGUAGAUGGAAAUCUGUCUCAGGAAUUUGAUUGGACCAAUCAUCUUGCUUAAUCAUAAAAAAGAGAACAAUCAGGAAUAAGACUGGGGGUGAAAAAAAAAAGGUCACCAAAAUGCAAGCAAUAACAUUGUAAUAACAAGCAAACCUAUAACAGUCCUGCUGAAUUCUCGAUUCUGAUUGGUCAGAAGGUGUUGCUUCAAUAUCAGCUUCGUGUCACUUCAAUGUUGGUUAUUUUCCUAUAACUGCACACCCACCAUGUUUUAUCCCUUACAUACGUUACACUUCCAUGUCCCAUUAGAAAAAUGGACCAGACACUCCUUUGUUUAAUGAUUUUUCACCUUAUUUCUUGUAGUCAUUAAGGGGUAUAUGCAUUUUAUGUUGGCAUUAUGCAUUUUUACAGAUUUAACAACUUGUAUUUAAGUAGUGGGUUUUUUUUUUUUUAAUACCAGAUUGAUUUCAUUCCUGCAGGGCAGGGGCUUCUAAUGACCACUAAUUUCUCUUACUGUGCAUUAGUGUAUUGUCGUCCUUAUAUUACAACCCCCAAUUAGAAAACAUUAGGACGGUAUGGAAAAUGCAAAUUAAAAAAAAGAAAGCAAUGAUUUUCUAAAUUUACUUUGACUUGUAUUUCAUUACAGACAGUAUGAACCCAAGAUAUUUCAUGUUUUGUCUGGUCAACAAAUGAAAUGAAGUAAAUAUACAUCCAUUCCUGCAUUUCAAGCUGGAAAUGCUCCAAAAAAAAAAGUUGGGAUGGGAGCAAUUUAGGGCUAGUAAUGAGGUAAAACAAUUAAAUAAUGAUGUAAUGUCAGCAGGUGAUUGUAAUCAUGAUUUAGUAUAAGAUCAAUAUCCAGGAAAGGCCUAGUCUUUGAGUAGCAAAGAUGAGCUGAGAUGAGAUCUCCAGUUUGUCAACAAAUGCAUGAGAAAAGUAUUGAAAUGUUUAAAAACAAUGUUCCUCAAAGAAAGAUAGGAAGGGAUUUGGAUAUUUCACUCUUUAUGAUGCAUAAUAUAAUUAAAGGAUUCAAAGAAUCUAGAGGAAUAUUGGUGUAUAAAGGGUACAGUGUUUCCCACAGACCAGGUAGCAAUUUGUGGUGCUCCACUGUGCCGAUGAGGGAAUCGUGCGCGGUGGUGUCGUGGCGGUCGGUGGAGUCGGUCAUUGGGGUGUAUGCAAAGUGUUUACAGUGGGCAGUGUUCAAACACACAGUAUUUUUCUUCAGAGUCACCUGCUGGGACUAUUUUCAAGCUGCAAGAAGCAUUUGAGAUUAUUCAGUUCAAUCUAAAUUCUUUUAAGUUCUUUAAGAGAAGACAGCUAAAACAAUUUUUCCCAGAACCCUGCCUGGUUUCAUUCCUCGACCCAACUUUACAUUACAGGGCAGGCCAUUAGUUUGCUGGGCUUGAUGUUGGUGGAAAACCUGUCUUUUAAAUUUAUGAAAAUUACUCACCAGAAUUGAAGUUAAAGUUUAGUUUUUACUAGAGAUGCACCGACUGCAAUUUUUUGGGCCAAUUCCGAUUUUUCAUGGAGUGUGACCUGCCGAUACCGAUUUUGGCCGAUUCCGAUUUCAUUUUUUCAAACCACUUCACAGCACACACGCACUAUUUUUUUCUUUUUAUCUUUUCUUUAAUAGAACAUUCUGCCAGAUUUUCAGUAAUAAAUUUUCAACACCUCAAAGGUUGAAAACAAACAAAAAGACAUUGUUCUUUGUAAAAUCUUUCUUCAUGUUUGGUAUUAACAUAUUAAUUCCUGAAAUAGGAAAUUCACACAAACAUUUUUUCUUUUCCCAUCCAAUAUCUGGCACAAAAUCAACUUCCCCCUCAUAUAUUAUUUGCCUACUGCUAUGGAACACACUUUCAUAAGCCUAUUUGGAUCUGAAAACGUAUGCCUUAUAGAACAACCCAUUUCUUCAUUCAGUAUCACAAUACAAAAAUAAUUUCCAGUCAUACUUGUACCAUAGCCAUUCUAUCAUCUUUGUCAAAUGUGUAUUUGUAGAGUAAUUUCCAAUGGAAUCAAGUGCAACCAAGGUUGUAAAACAGACAUUUUUUUCUUUCUCUCUUUGUACAAAUCUAACUAGAUGUUUGGUAAUAGGCUAACGUAUUAAUUCCUGUAAUGGGAAAUUCACACAACCACAAACAUUUUCUUCUUUUCACAUCCAAUAUCUGGCACAAAAAAAAUUCACUAUAUUUGCAUAUCCAAAUAUAGUGAAAUUUUUUGGCGCGCGCACGCCGGAGCUCGUUAGGCGCGCAGGACUGACACUGUUCUGCGCAAGCGCAACACAAUCGCACAAGAAAGCAUGUUCAAGCUGCCAGUGUAGCUGCAGUCUUUUUAGUUGCGAAUUACGAGUAUUUCCACUUUCAUCUCUGUGAUACACAAGUUUUGAUCGGCAGAAAAUCGGCAUAGUUUAAUUUUGACCGGCCGGUCAUGGCCGAUCACGUGAAAAUCGUCCGAUUCUGAUCAGCAGCCGGUCAAUCGGUGCAUCUCUGGUUUUUACCUUAGUUUUUUGCCUUUUUGAUGGCAAUCUUUCAAUCAUUCUUUAGUUGACAUUCAAGGAAUAAAUUGUAAAAAAACAAGCUGGAGGUUUUUAUUUUAAAUAUUGAACUCAACACUUAAUCAGUACUAAAAUGAAAUAAAUAGUAUAAUGUAACAAAAUAAUAAUAAAAUAAAAUAUCAUAAUUAGAUGUAAGAAACCACUUAAGGCAACACCAAGGCAACUAACAAUAAUGAAAAGCAUUACCCUAAUUGGUGCAAAGCCUGUAUGCCCUAUCAGAACAUUUAAUUCUGCAUGGCUUCUUGAAAAAAAAAAAACUCCAGUGCCCUAUCGUAAGGGAAGUCAUUGCUGAAGCGGGAUAAACGGGAUAAUGCAAUAAGGCCGGUUCCUCGCGUCAAGCUGCUACUGUAUGCAUCAAAAUUGGUUUAUAGCCUGACUCAGGGAUGUCCGUUUCCUAUGAUAAAGCUCAUCACGAGCACGACGUAGGCUACCUUUUAAAAUGAGGGGUCGGAAGGCGAAUCGGGAAGGCUGCGUUAUAUUAGCCUAACAGGCCAACGGCAGGUCUGUGUACACGCCUCUCCGUCCCCCUCUCUCUCACUGUCUCGGUGUGUGGGUGUGUGCACGCGUGAACGAGAAGAAAGAGCAUUAUGAAUGAACGGAACGAUACACAACGGAUUUUUUUUUUUGUUCAAAAUCGCGAGUCUGAUUGUGUGGCGAUAGGAAUCCAUUGUGUGGCGCUGCACCACAAUGGUCUAUGUAUGGGAAACCCUGGGGUAAAGGACUCAAGCCUAAGUUGAACACCCAUGAUCGCCAAUCCCUCACAUGGCACUGCAUCAAGAACCGUCAUUCAUCUAUAGCUGAAAUAAUCACAUGGGCUCAGGAUUACUUUGGCAAAAACUUUGUCGAGUACUGCAAUAUGGAGUUACAUUCACAAAUGCCAGUUAAAACUUUACUGUGCAAAAAGGAAGCCUUAUGUUAACUGUGUCCAGAGGUGCUGUCGACGUCUCUGGGCUUGGAGGCAUCCGGGAUGGACCAUCACACAGUGGAAACAUGUACCAUGGUCAGACGAAUCAGUAUUCCAGGUUUUUUUUUUUUUUGCAAGAAAUGGACACCAUGUGUUCCAAACCAAAGACAAAAAGGACCAUCCAGACUUUUACCAGCAAAAAGUCUAAAAGCCAGGUUCUGUCAUGGUAUGGGGUUGUGUCAGUGCCCUUGGCAAAGGUAACUUGCACUUCUGUGAUGGCAGCAUUAGUGCAGAAAAGUACAUUGAGAUUUUGGAGCAAUAUGUGCUGCCUUCAAGGCGACAUCUUUUCCAGAUGUAUUUUAAAACGACGAUGCAAAACUACCUUCUGCACACAUUACAAAGGCAGAGCUAUAGAAGGAGAGGGCGCCUGUUCCCUCUAUCUCCAAUAGGGAGUGCGUGGCGAAUUUUGAAACGAAAAAUAUGACAACGAGGACCCUGUACUGUUGCACACCCUUAAGAUUUGUUUGUAGGAUGAAUGGGACAAAGUAACACCUGAAACACCUCAUUACCUGGUGUGUUCAUUCCUUAAACAUCUUUUUAAAUGCUGUGAGGAGGAAUGGCAAUAGUAUAAAGUGCUAAAUGCUUCACCAUCCCAACUGUGUUUUGAAAAAAACAACAACAAUAAUUAAUAAGGUAAAACAUCAAAUAAUGUGCUGCUGUGUUGUUUUGAAUGCAAUACAGGUCAAAUAUUAUUUCAUUAAUCAUUGUUUUCAGUUUUAAUUUCAAUUUCAACAUACCCUUUCAACUUUUCCUGAUCUAGGGUUGUAGAUGUUUCUCACCUGUACUUGAUGUGUUUACACAAGUAGUAAUAGAUAACUACUCAUUUGAAAGUUUUUUUUUUUUUUUUUUUUUUUGUCUUUUAAUAGCCUCGACACUUAACUCUGUACUUUAAUCAUUCACUUAAUUACUUUAAUCAUUCUAUUUAAUCACACACGUUAACAUUUACUGUAUACAGACACAUUAUGAAUGUUGAAUGCAGAUACAGGUUUUUAAUCACUGACCAAGGAUGUGAGUAAACCUAACAUAAUAUCAGUUCCGUGUAUUUAUGUUUGCAUACCUCAUGCAUCUCUGUACAAAUAUACUGUUGUCUGCUCUCUGUAAACGCUGUAUGCAUUACUUUUACUCACUUGUCCAUGAGUUCAGUUGUUGCAACAGAUGCAGGGUGUUUUUUAGAUGAAAUAAAUUAUUCUUGUAACAGUU